AUGAUGCUACAUCAAAGUGUACUACUCCUCACCGCAAUCGUCGCCACAUUGGUAUGCACAUCCCAGGCAUCUUCAAACUAUGGUGUGGACUGCUCAUGGCCGAUUCAUUCAAAGAAUUUGACCUGUGGCAACUUGUUGGGCGAUCGAAAGGCCAUUUAUGAAGAUUACAUGGAAGGUUGCCGUGAGCAUUGGGGCGAAAAGGGAAGAAAGAGAUGCAACGCUGCCGAGGCAGAUCGCCUGGAAAUGAGCCGCAAGCAGCCUCAAAGUAUGGUGAACUUUACAUCAACUGGAUUCAAGAAGCUCAAGGCACCAGCAAAGCUAUGGGAACUUCUCAGUGAAUUCUGGGAAGAGAACGAAGACGAGCAAGAAAUCGAAGAGUGGUUCGUCGGUAAUGUUUACACCAAUAAUUGGGCGGCACCUUCCUAUUACAUUGGUGUCGAAGACACGGAACUAGAAGGUGGAGGCCCCGACCUUAGAAAUGAAAUCUGGGAGGCUGCCCGCCCUGUCCUGGAAGAAUGGACUGGUCGCAAGUUGCAACCCACCUCCCAAUAUGGCAUCCGUAUCUAUACCGAAGGUGCCAUCUUGGCUCCCCAUGUCGAUCGUCUUCCUCUAGUCUCCUCGUGUAUCAUCAAUGUCGCUCAAGAUGUUGACGAAGAUUGGAUCUUGGAAGUCUAUGAUAGAAACGAUAAUGCCGUCAAUGUCACCAUGGAACCAGGAGACAUGGUUUUGUACGAGAGUGGGAGUCUAAUGCAUGGUCGACCGUUUGCCUUGAAGGGACGCUAUUUUGCCAACAUCUUUAUUCAUUUUGAACCAACUGGCGAGGAUUUGGAUGGCAAUGCUGGUCGUAAUGAGGUGGUCGACGAUGAUUUUUAUCCACCCUACCUGUUGCCCAAUUCUCCUUGGUUGGAAACUUGGGCCCAACAGAAUCCUAGUGGAUGGAGACGUACUUCUCCUUCGGCUGCUUCGGUCGGUGUACCAAAGGCCCACGCCGCUGCCGCGUCAGGAGAUGUCGAUGCCUUGGAACGCUUGGCCUUUGAUGAUAAGGAAUCGCUCUCGGCCUGCGAUGCCAAUGGCUGGACUCCCUUGCACGAAGCCGCCCGCGCCGGUCACUUGGAAGUGGUUCAAAUGCUAGUGGAGAAGCAGCAAGUGGACAUUAACUCAUUGACCAAUAAAGGCAAGGGUAGUUCCGCCUACUUUAUUGCCAGUCAAAGUCAUUCGCCCGAUCAUCCAGUGGCGAAAUAUCUCCAGUCAUUGGGAGCGAUCAACCAAGGACCCGAGCUGUAA